AUGAAAUCUGCGGGUAGCAACACCAAAAUAUUACAUAAGGUUAGUGAUAGAAUCAAUAGGAAACAUAGCCUUUGAUGUUGUACUUUUCAAAUGAAAAAUGAUACGUUUUUCAGUUUUACCGCUGUCCACAGCGACUUGAAGCACCGAGCAAUGUGGAAAAGCUGAGAAAUUGUCUUGAAUUUAUUGGUAUCGACUGAAAGUCGACUGGGUAAGCCUGAGAGAACCGAGCCAAUGCCAAAAAGAAGAUAAAAAUCAAAUAAAAAUCUGAACAUGUGUGCUUACCUCUCUAACUUCAAAAAACCUAAACGUUUUCCAGAAAUUGAGAAAUUCGGAGCAUUUCGAGGCAAACGCGCUAUGAAGAGAAACCGACGGUUCAAAUGCGAUGCACAGAACUCCCACAAGACGAUCCGAACUACGCGGAGGUAAGUCACUUAAAUUUAAAGGGAACAUCCUGUAAGCUUAACUAGAGAAUGGGACCCGACUAACUUCACUUUUUUUGCAGAAACUCAACAAACAUGCCUCCGAAGGUUUCGGAGUGUCGAGAAGAUUUUGGGCAUAAACACCAAGUGCUGCAAUUUGUGCAUGUUUCCCCCUUGCAUCCACUUUAUCUUUCUUCCAUCCCCUCACUUAUAUAUUUUUCACCCACCUUUGUGACUCUGUUCGCACGACCAAGGAAUGAACCUUGGUAACAACUUUUUCUAUCUCGGCAGCAGCAUCUCGUUCGAACCAAACAGCAAAGAAGUCCAAAGACGGAUUGGUUCGGCAUGGGGAGCGAAACACACACACUCACAAUCUGACGAGGAUUGAAAUAGAGAAAUGGUUGGCAGAGACGCCGAAUCAGUCUUCAACAAUCACCCAAUAUUCUACGAAAUGGUUGUAAGUGCGCUGGAAAGAGUGCGACUAAUGUUGGAACAGACCACCGCAAAGACUGCAUCAUCUUCAUCAACGGUAAGGAAUCAAAUCAGCAGAUCCAAUUGAAAAGCGCCGGUGAAGAUAGGCAAUUAGCACCUAAUCCUACAGAAAUUUGAUUCCAAAGAGUAGCAUGUUUUGCAGACUGUAUGGAAAACAUCGUUCAUCGACAAUCACUCGCGGAAGUGCCAAAAGAAUUCGAUUCUACCCGAACAACCUCAAAAAGGGCAAAAAUGACUGUGAUAAUUCAUCUGCUGCCGCCGGUAUCAAUCAUCUGGUCCAUUUAUUGGAAUAUAUAUUAAAACGCACAGCAAAAUCAAGAGAAUCUGAAGAGAAGAAAGACUGACCCGUAG